AUGUUGAAUGUAUCUGAUUUUUGUCCAAAGAUUGGUAUUCAUGUGGAAACCGAAACUCAAACCAAUGCAGAAACUGAACCUAUCAUCAAUGAAGAAACCAAUGCCAAUGUAAAUAAAGAACAAGAGGAAGUGAAUCAGAAGAAUGACAAAAGAAGGAAACAUAUUGCAAAAAGGAAACAAGGGAAUGAAAUUGUUGUUAGAGAUGUCAAGAAGCACAAGUCUGCAGUUGUUGUGCACUCGGGAUCAAAAGACUGUGUAGAAGUGGAUAACAAAUCAAAACCGGUGGAGAAGAAAAAGGCUAGACUUUUGGUCCAAAGAAUACCACCAAAUUGGUUCAUGGCACUUAUUCCUAAAAUUCCGAGACAACACAGAGCUGCCAUUAGGAAAAUAGGCUUUGGUGCCUUCCUUGAUUUAGAUAUUGGUGCCCAUAAGUCUGCGUUUUCUGCUGAACUUGUAACAAGCUUUGACGCCAACAGAGUUAAUUUGGUGAUGGAUAAUAAAGAAGAAAUAGAUAUUCAGUUGAAAGACAUACACCUUGUGUACGGGCUUCCAAUAGGAGGAAGGAAAAUAGUGGAACCGAAGAAGGAAGAAGAUGAAGAAUGGGUUUCAUUUCUGAGAACAUGGAGGGGAUUCUUUAACAUGGAAAGUGGAAGUCCAUACCUGUCAAAAGUAUUAGAUAGGUUGAAUGAGUUAUGUGAAAAAGACUUGUGUGAUGAAUUUUUAUGGCAUUUCGUGGUGUGUGUAGUGAAUACUUGUAUAUGUUCAACAUCAAGACCGGAAGUGGCAUACAAGUUUCUGUAUAGCUGCAUGGACAUACAGAAAAUUCAUGAAUUAGACUGGUGCCAUUACACUUUUGUAAAUAUGAAGAUAGCUGCUGAAAAAUGGAAAGGAGGAAAUGCUUAUUUCACUGGACCAUUGCCUUUCUUACUGAUUACAUAUUUUGACCGGUUGCAAAGGGAGAAGAUUGUGCAACCAAGAGAGUUCCCUCUCCUUUCAGUCUGGAACAGUGAGAGGAUAGAAGAAAGAAUGAAGAUUGAAAACAAGAGGGGCUUUGGAAAGGGGGUUGUGCUCAAAAGAAUAGCUUAUGAAGGAUUACCAGAAGAACAAGUUGAAGAACACAUAUACCAGAAAGAUCCUCACUUGCAAGCAGGCUCAUCAACUUCAUCCUACAACAUUAUGGGCUUUCUGGACAAAUUUGGGGAUUUGGCUAAGGCACUGGCUUCAAAUAUCAACGAGAUGUAUGUUAUGGUAGAUAAAGCAUCUGACCUUUUCAAAGAAGGCGAUACAGCAGAGGAACUGAAAAGGCUGGUCGAUAAUAUUUGGAGCAAGUACACAAAUAAGCCAACGGAGCCAAUUUUGCCCGAAGCACAAGAAAAAGUCAAGAGUCCUUCAGUUCUUAGCCAGGACAAACAAAUGUUUGAUGAACCUGGAUUCAUUGAGGAAUUGGACGUGGUAAUGGCUAAGGCAUGGGAAGAUUACCAAGAGAGAAUAGAUUCUGUCGUGGAUAAUGAACAAUAUGCAAGUUGUUCUAAUUCAAAUGUGGCUGUUACUCCUGAAGUAAUUCCUAUAUUAAGUCUAGGGGGAACGAGAGAAUGGAUUCCAUGUUGUUCUGAUGAGUUAAAACCUGUUGUAGGGAUGAAAUUUAUGAGUGUCGAAGAGGGUAUUUCAUUUUAUAAAGCAUAUUCAAAAGCUGCUGGUUUUGUGAUGAGGAAAUCUACUGCUACAAAAAGGAAGGCACUAGACGUUAUUGCUUUUCAGUAUUGUUUAUGCAACAAGGCUGGUUUCAAAGAAAAGGCAAUAGUUAAGGUUGGAGGCAUGCCAAAUGUUAAAAAAGGGGAAGGUAAUGAAGAUAAAGUACCUAUACCUCGAAGAAGGCUAGUUACUCGUGUUGGUUGCAAGGCUCGGAUGGUUAUGAAGUAUAAAAAUGAAGGUUUUUAUGUGGUGACUGAAUUCCGAGAGCCACAUGUUCAUCCUCUUUACACCCCGGGUUGUCUAAAAUUUCAGAAAGCGGGUAGGAAAAUGAAUAUUCUUCAUAAGAAGAUGAUUAUUGAUAAUUCGAAGGUGAACAUUGGUCCGGUUAAGACUUUUAGAUUGAUGAAGGAGUUAGUUGGAUCGUAUGAUAACGUUGGUGCAUCCAAGCAAGAUUUCAAAAAAUUUCAUAGAGAUUUGAAGGCUUACAUUGAAGGAUCGGAUGCCCAAAUGUUUGUGAAUAACUUUCAGAACAAGAAGUUGUUAUGGAGUGCAUUUUUCUUUGACUAUGAGGUGGAUGAAGACGAGCAACUUUGUAAAGCUUUUUGGGCAGAUCCUAUAUGUAGAAAGAAUUAUGCACUCUUUGGUGAUAUGGUUUCUUUUGACACCACAUUUCAAACAAAUAGGUAUAAUAUGAUAUUUGGCCCAUUUACUGGAGUUGAUCACCACAAGAAGUGUGUUACUUUUGGUGCUGCUUUAAUAGCCCAUGAGGACAUCGUGUCUUUUGAGUGGGGUUUUAGAACUUUCCUCAAGGCAAUGGGAGGUAAUGAGCCAGCUUGUUUGAUUACGGAUGAAGAUCCGGCAAUGAAAAUAGCUAUUCCUAAAGUGUUUCAGACCGCUGAGCAUAGGUUUUGUAUGUGGCAUAUAAUGAAAAAAAUGCCUGAGAAAGUCGGCCGUCAGAUUACGCAAGAUACUGAGUUUCUUAAUAAAAUUUGCAAAUGUGUUUGGAGUGAAGAGAUUGCGCCAACAGAAUUUGAAGAGAAAUGGGGAAAGGUUCUUGCUGAGUUCAAGCUUCAAGACCAUGAGUGGUUGAAGCAGUUGUAUGAGAAGCGUCAAAUGUGGAUCCCAGCAUACUUUAGUGAUUCGUUUCUAUGUGGUAUCAUGAGGACUACAUCAAGGUCAGAGAGUGAGAACAAUUUUUAUACAAAGAUUACCAAUCCCCAUCUCACUCUAGUAGAGUUUUACAUGAGAUUUGAGAGUGCAUUGGAUGCUCAAAGACAUACUCAAGGUCAAUUUGACAAUGAUUCUAAACAUAAGCAUCCAGAAUGUAAGACUUCCUUUGCAUUAGAGAAACAUGCUUCUAAAAUCUACACUGUUUCAGUCUUUUAUGAUUUUCAAGAGGAGCUCGAGAUUGGUUGCUUUCACUGUGGACUUGAGGAGUACAAGAAAGAAAAUGGGUUUGAAAUCUUUACCAUUAGAGAAGGAUGUAGAAUAAGAAAGUUCGAUGUUAGUUUUAACCCGGCUAACCUAGAUAGUAAGUGUAUGUGCAAGAUGUUUGAGAGGUUAGGGAUUCCUUGUAGGCACAUGGUUUGGGUGUGGAAGGCAAAGAUGAUUGAGUAUAUUCCUGAUGCUUAUGUGCUAAAUAGGUGGACUAGUUUGGCAACUAAAACGCCAAUUUUUAAUUUAGAAGGAAAUAUCUUGGAGGCAUGUGUUAACUUUGUUGAUUGUAAAAGAAUGUUAAAUGAGUUAUGGUCAGAAAUUCACACAUGUGUGAGUUUGGCUCAGGGUAAUGAAGAAGAUCUUACUGAUCUUGUGAAGAAUUUAAAAGGUUUAAGGUUAAACUUGGAAGCUAAGAAGAGUUCUAACAAUCAUGAAAACAAUGGUUCUCCUAGCAAAGCAACAGACAUCGAGCUACUGAUUGGAGCUACCCUUCCUACUGAAAUUGUGGUUAAGCCGCCUAAAAUUUCAAAGAACAAAGGCACGGGGGUUCAUGUUCCAGGUACAGGUAGUGACAAACGAUUGAAAGGUGACAAGGAAAAGGCAAUUGAGCUAAGCCAAAAGAAGAAAAGGUUAUGUAGAGGUUGUGGAGAGCUUGGUUACCAUGAUAUCCGGAAUUGCCCACAUAAAGUGAAAGAAAAUUGUAAGUUAUAA